ACCGCUGAGCCGGGAGCCGGGAGCCGGGAGCCGAGCGCGCCGGGCUGGGGCCGGGCCGGAGCGGAGCGGAGAGGCAGCGUGCCCGCCCCAGCCCCGAGUCCGCCGCCUGCCCGCCCGCAGCCGCCGCCCCCGCCAUGGAGCAAGACCACAGCCCCCGGAAGAUCCAGUUCACCGUCCCGCUUCUGGAGCCGCACCUUGACCCCGAGGCGGCCGAGCAGAUCCGGAGGCGCCGCCCCACCCCUGCCACCCUUGUGCUGACCAGUGACCAGUCAUCCCCAGAGGUAGAUGAAGACCGGAUCCCCAACCCACUUCUCAAGCCCACUUUGUCCAUGUCUCCACGGCAACGGAAGAAGGCAACGAGGACCACACCCACAAUGAAAGAGCUCCAGAUGAUGGUUGAACAUCACCUGGGGCAACAGGAGCCGGGAGAGGAGCCUGAAGGAGCCGCUGAGAGCACGGGGACCCAGGAGUCCUGCCCACCUGGGAUCACAGACACAGCAGCGGAGUCACGGCCGAGCACCUCUGGGACAACGCACAAGCCUGCAGAGUCCAUCCCUAACACUCAGGAGAGGGGCGGUGAGAAACCCAGCACAAAGGGACCCUCAAUCCAAUGACCACCGCUGGAUUCCCAGGGAGCCAACAUGGUCUGAGAGUGAGGAGGCGUCUUGGAAUCAAGACCGCAGUUGAGAAUGCAUGGACACUGGAUUUUGUUUCUUAUUUCCUCACUUUGGGGGAAAAAUCUCUUGUUUUUAAAGUGAUAAAUUUGGUGUUAAGUCCUUGA